AUGGCUGACAACUUUGAAGAGAUCGCAAAGCAGUUCAUCGAGUUCUACUACAACCAGUUCGACUCGGACCGCAAGGGACUCUCCAGCCUCUACCGUGAGCAAUCUAUGCUGACUUUCGAGUCUGCUUCAUCCCUUGGCGUCAACUCCAUCGUUGAGAAACUUUCGUCUCUGCCCUUCCAGAAGGUCAAGCACCAGGUUACAACCCUAGAUGCCCAGCCCACCCUUGAAGGCGGCAUCAUCAUUCUCGUCACCGGCCAGCUGCUGGUCGACGAGGAGCAGCGCCCCAUGAACUACACCCAGGCUUUCCAGCUGCUGCGUGAUCCCUCCGGCAACUACUUCGUCUUCAACGACAUCUUCAAGCUUGUCUACGGUUAA